GUCGUCGCGACUCUCUCUCCCCCUCCACUUGCGAACGAGGGCACUCCGGCGCGCUCCUAAUAAGCGACAUACUUCUAUGAGUACCCGCUUGUAGUCAGCCCGCCGAACUGUGUCGGGUCCAGUUGGGAUCUGCACUUCCCCUUCGGUUCCGGACACGCCUUCGGACUUCUCUGGCAAUCAGGUUGUCCGCUAUCCAGUUGACCACCACAACAGCGCAUCGCGCGACACCGGCCCGACGCCAUGGCCGAACUCAGCCCAGAGUUGCAGGUGAAGCUCGAGGAGCUGGACAGGGAGCUUGAGGAGGGCGACAUCACUCAGAAAGGGUACCAGAAACGACGAACUCAGCUCCUGUCGCAAUACGGGAUUGGCAACAUGCACGAUUUGGAAAUGGGAGGACUGCGCAUCCAUUCGCCCGACGACUCUUACCAGGGCCCGGGCCACGACCAUCGGGCUGCCUCGCUCGCCGCCUUGAAUGCUAAUGAUACCUCGGACUCACGGGGCUCAGGUUCCUUUGGCUCCCCAGCUGAAUACCGACCCCAGUCCCCGCAUGCCAACAUCGAAUCCCACCCUGCAUCUUUGCUGGCCCCUGCCGGUCCGAUGGCUGAACAGCGCCCCAACAUGCGCCAGCACGACUCGCUGUUCCUCUCUACAGCUCCCUUACCAGAUCCGUCGACGCGGUCGGGCACCAUGGUGUCUGGGGACUACGCCUUCAACCCCGAGCAGCACCUUGGGUACGCCGAUCAGCCACAGAACCCCUAUGAAAGCAGGACUGGGACACUGCUGGAUUCGCAGGCCUACUUUUCCGACUUCGCCGGCCAGUCCUACGACCCAGCAACUACCGGGGAGUAUGGCGGCCCCCACAGAUACUCCGCAAGCGAUGCUUUUUCUCCAACGGCAGCAAUGGCCCCCCCAAUGCUCACCGCAAGCGACCUGCCGCCGCCAGACGUCCUCCAGUUCCAGAUGCCGCUCGAGCCGCGCGAGGUGCCCUUUGCCAUCCACGACCCGCACGACCAGACCAUCGAAAUGUCAAACUUUGACAACAUAGCGGCAGUACUGAGGCACCGCGGCCGUACCACAGCCAAGCUUCCGGCCUACUGGGUGCUGGACAAUAAGGGGAAAGAGAUAGCGUCCAUCACCUGGGACAAGUUGGCCAUGAGGGCUGAGAAGGUAGCGCAGGUGAUUCGUGAUAAGAGCUCUCUAUACCGUGGCGACCGGGUUGCGCUCAUCUACCGAGAUACAGAGAUUAUCGACUUCGCCAUCGCCCUUCUGGGGUGCUUCAUAGCCGGAGUGGUUGCAGUGCCUAUCAACGAGCUCCAGGACUACCAGAAGCUGAAUCUGAUUUUAACCUCUACCCAAGCACAUCUGGCUCUGACCACUGACAACAACCUCAAGACGUUCCAGCGCGACAUUACUGCCCAGAAGCUGAAUUGGCCCAAGGGUGUCGAGUGGUGGAAGACGAACGAGUUCGGCAGCUACCAUCCCAAGCGCAAAGAUGACGUUCCACCUUUGUCCGUCCCAGAUCUGGCCUACAUUGAGUUCUCCCGUGCUCCAACGGGCGACUUGCGAGGCGUUGUGCUCAGUCACCGGACCAUCAUGCACCAAUUGGCCUGUCUCAGCGCCAUCAUCUCCACUGCCCCUGGGAAUGGGCCCGCGGACACGUUCAACAGGAACCUGCGUGACAAGAAUGGCCGUCUGAUUGGUGGUGGCGCGAGCAGUGAGAUCCUGCUGUCUUAUCUGGAUGCCCGUCAGGGCAUUGGCAUGAUCCUCGGCGUUCUCCUGACCGUGUAUGGCGGGCACACCACUGUCUGGUUGGAGAACAAGGCUGUAGAGGUUCCUGGCCUCUAUGCCCACCUAAUUACCAAGUACAAGCCUACCGUCAUGAUUGCCGAUUACCCCGGCCUGAAGCGAGCAGCAUACAACUACCAAGCCGACCCAAUGGCAACGAGGAACUUCAAAAAGGGCAUGGAGCCCAACUUCCAAACCGUCAAGCUCUGCCUGAUCGAUACGCUCACUGUCGACAGCGAGUUCAACGAACUUCUCGCCGACCGUUGGUUUCGCCCUCUCCGCAACACGCGCGCGAGGGAGGUGGUCGCCCCUAUGCUCUGUCUUCCUGAGCAUGGCGGCAUGUUGAUUAGUGUUCGUGACUGGCUUGGUGGCGAGGAGCGCAUGGGCUGCGCCCUCAAACUUGACCUUGGCUCGGACAGCGACCCAGAAGAGGAAAAGGAGAAGGAGGAAGAGAAAACGGCGCCGUCAAACGGAUUCUCAACCCUACUUGGACAGGGUUCAACAGCAACCAAGGAGGAGCGUGCUAAAACAGAGUUAAGCGAGGUCCUUCUCGACAGGGAAGCUCUCAAGACGAAUGAGGUGCUGGUCGUCGCCAUCGGAGAAGAGGUCAGUAAGCGAGCGUCGAGCGAGCCCGGAACUAUCCGUAUUGGUGCCUUUGGUUACCCGAUUCCCGACGCGACACUCGCUAUCGUUGAUCCGGAAACCGGCCUUCUCUCCUCGCCCAACAUGGUCGGCGAGAUCUGGGUCGAUUCUCCUUCUUUAUCCGGGGGCUUCUGGGCCUUGCCGAAACACACAGAGCAAAUUUUCCAUGCUCGGCCUUACAAGUUUGAGCCGGGUGACCCGACCCCCACGCCGGUAGAGCCAGAGUUCCUGAGGACCGGUCUUUUGGGCACCAUAAUCGAAGGCAAGAUCUUUGUCCUGGGUUUGUACGAAGAUCGCAUCCGGCAAAAGGUAGAAUGGGUUGAGGAUGGUGGCCCCGAGAACGCCGAGCAUCGCUAUUUCUUCGUUCAGCACAUUGUGGUCAGUAUCAUGAAGAACGUGCCCAAGAUUUUCGACUGUUCAGCGUUCGACGUCUUCGUCAACGAGGAGCACCUCCCCGUUGUGGUACUCGAAUCUCAAGCGGCGUCCACAGCCCCCACCACCAACGGGGGCCCGCCUCGGCAACUGGACACAGCGCUUCUCGACUCCCUCGCCGAGCGGUGCAUGGACGUGCUAAUGCAAGAGCAUAACCUCCGCGUUUAUUGCGUCAUGAUCACGGCGCCUAACGCCCUUCCUAGGGUGCUCAAGAACGGUCGCCGGGAGAUCGGCAACAUGCUCUGCAGGAGGGAGUUUGAUCUGGGCAACCUCCCUUGUGUCCACGUCAAGUUCGCGGUCGAACACGCUGUUCUCAACCUACCUGUGGGCAUUGACCCGGUCGGCGGCAUCUGGUCACCGGUGGCGUCCGAUGCCCGAGAACAGCUCCUUGCUCAAGCGGACAAGCAGUAUUCGGGCAUCGAUCGUAGAGAGGUGGUCAUCGACGACAGGACAUCCACACCUCUCAACAACUUCUCCAGUAUCACGGACCUCAUUCAGUGGCGCGUGGCGAGACAGCCUGAAGAACUGUCGUUCUGCACGAUUGACGGCCGAGGGAAGGAGGGCAAGGGUGUUACUUGGAAGAAGUUCGACAUGAAGGUCGCUGCCGUGGCCGUCUAUCUGAAGAACAAAGUCAAGCUACGAGCCGGCGACCAUGCCGUUCUCAUGUACACCCAUUCUGAGGACUUCGUCUUUGCGGUUCACGCCUGCAUCAACCUCGGCGUUGUCGUCAUCCCCAUCCCGCCAAUGGACCAGAACCGCUUGUCGGAGGAUGUCCCGGCUUUUCUGCACCUAGUGUCGGAUUACCGGGUGAGGGCCGUGCUAGUGAACGUGGAUGUGGACCACCUCCUGAGGAUGAAGCCAGUCGCUCAGCACAUCAAGCAAACGGCGCAGGUGCUCAAAGUCUCGGUCCCCAAUAUUUACAACACAAGCAAACCGCCAAAGCAGAAUAGCGGCUUGCGGGAUCUCGGUAUCACAAUGGACCCGGCUUGGAUCCAGCCGGGCUACCCGGUUGUCAUCUGGACCUACUGGACCCCGGACCAGCGGCGACUCGCUGUCCAGCUUGGCCACGACACGAUCCUGGGCAUGUGCAAGGUACAGAAGGAGACGUGCCAGAUGACCAGCUCGCGACCGGUGUUGGGAUGCGUGAGGAGCACAACUGGUCUCGGCUUCAUCCACACUUGCCUGAUGGGCAUCUACAUCGGGACACCUACCUACCUCCUAUCGCCUGUCGAAUUUGCCCAGAACCCCGCCUCACUCUUUCUGAUCCUGUCCCGGUAUAAGAUCAAGGACACGUACGCGACCCCUCAAAUGCUGGACCACGCCAUGAACAUGAUGCCCGGCAAGGGGUUCACGCUGCAUGAGCUCAAGAACAUGAUGAUCUCGGCCGACGGCCGGCCCCGCGUCGAUAUCUUCCAAAAGGUCCGCAUGCACUUUGCCGCGACAGGCCUCGACCGCACCGCCAUCAACACGGUCUACUCGCACGUGCUCAACCCUAUGAUUGCUUCACGAUCGUACAUGUGCAUCGAGCCCAUCGAGCUGUGGCUGGAUCCCAAGGCCCUGCGCCGCGGUCUCGUAUACGUGACGGACCAGGAGCGGGACCCCAAGGCGCUGCUUGUUCAGGAUUCGGGAAUGGUGCCCGUGUCGACGCAGAUUGCCAUUGUCAAUCCUGAGACGCGGGGGCUGUGUAGCGAGGGCGAGUACGGCGAGAUUUGGGUCGACUCAGAGGCGUGCGUCAAGGGUUUCUACGGGUCUAAGGAUCCUUUUGAUGCCGAGCGGUUUGAUGGCCGGACCCUCGAGGACCCGAGCAUUCGAUAUGUGCGUACCGGCGAUCUCGGGUUCCUCCAUAGCGUGCGUCGGCCGAUCGGGCCGGGCGGCGCGCUGGUUGAUAUGCAGGUGCUGUUUGUGCUGGGCAACAUUGGCGAGACCUUUGAGAUCAAUGGUCUGAGCUAUUUCCCCAUGGAUAUUGAGGCCUCGGUCGAGCGGUGCCACCGCAACAUCGUGCCUGGUGGUUGCGCUGUCUUCCAAGCCGGCGGUCUCGUCGUCGUCCUCGUCGAAGUAGCCCGCAAAGCUUACAUUGCCUCCAUCGUUCCCGUCAUCGUCAACGCCAUCCUCAACGAGCACCAAAUCGUUGUCGACAUUGUCGCCUUCGUCAACAAGGGAGACUUCCCGCGCAGUCGGCUCGGCGAGAAGCAGCGCGGCAAGAUCCUCGCGGGAUGGGUCAGCCGUAAGAUGCGCACAAUAGCGCAGUUUGCCAUCAAAGACAACGACCGAGAAGCCCUCGGCCCGCCGGGAACUUCUUCAGGCGAGCAAUCCUCCGGCGGGCACGGCGCCGCGGUUGCCGCCGACGAGCAGCACCGCGCCAGCUUGGGCUCUUUCCGCAGCUCCAGCGGUGGUCCCGUGCCGGCCGGCCACGGAGGCGCGAACAGCUCGCUGCGAAACGUCGAGCCCGCCCCGCGGAUCCCGGAACAGCGCGAGCCGGAACACAGCCAGCAGCAGUACGCUUACCACCAAGGCGGUUAUGAUGGCAUGGCAGCCGGUAAUAUAGACAUGGCCCCUGCACGAACCCCGCUGGCGGAAAUGCCUGCGGAUGACAGGGAGGUAGAUAAUGACCAGACUCCGACGAAAAACUCCACACAACAACAGCAGCAACAACCGCGCAUAGUGAGCGGACUGGGCGAGCCCACGCUGCCGCACGGCUUUGAGUUACCUGACUUUGACCAGUUCGGCCGCGACGAGCAUGAUGCGCCGCCGCCGGCUGUGGGUCCUAAGCCGGGUACUGGGAUCGGCGGUGCCAUGUCGUCGCAGACGGCCACGCAUCCUCCGCAGCAGCAGCCGCCGCCGCAGAUUAGACUGCCUGGCGUUGAUGGAAGGGAGUCGUUCGAUGAUUGGGGCUUGAGGCCUGGGAGUGGUGGUGGAAAGGAGGAGGAUGGGGAAGAUGAUUGGACGAGGGAUGCUUAUAUGUCGAUGAAUCUUGCCGGGGCGCUUGGGGGGAAAUGAGCGGUUUGGGUAGAGCAUUUGUUGGUGUACUUCGAGGAAGAGGUUUGCACCUUUCUUUGUAGACAUGGACUUUUGGGAUGAGAAUUGGCGGGUCAUUUUGAAAGGGCUAUGUCUGUUUGGGUAAGGAUAAUGAGUGAUGGAUUUUUGUUAGACAUGUUGCGAGAUGAGAGCUCAUGAAGCAUGUAGGUAAAAGAGUAUGUCUUCUAAUACGGCCAUGG